ACACUGAGAUGCGCUGAGGGCUUGUGAGGGUGAGCCGUGCCGAAGGUCUGUCGAAGGUGUGUAUAAAGAAGCCUGUCUGCUGCUGCUGCUUUAGAUUAUUUACUGUACACUACACUACGCUCUUCUCCGAUCAGCCAUGGUGAAUAAACUGGCCUCUUUUGGACGCUCGCUGCUGCGUCGCAGAGUUGUGGACUUUUCCAGCGAGGAGACUCGCUUCGCUCGAUGCCUCUCCACUCUGGAUCUGGUGGCUCUGGGCGUGGGCUCUACACUCGGUGCAGGGGUCUACGUGUUGGCUGGAGAGGUAGCAAGAGAGAAGGCUGGUCCCGCGAUCGUCCUUUGUUUCCUGGUGGCGGCCCUGUCGUCCAUGUUGGCAGGACUUUGCUAUGCAGAGUUCGGUGCUCGGGUGCCGAAGACGGGCUCGGCUUACCUGUACAGCUACGUGACCGUCGGAGAAAUCUGGGCCUUCAUUACUGGCUGGAACCUCAUCCUUUCUUAUGUCAUUGGUACAGCCAGUGUUGCCCGAGCCUGGAGUUCUACCUUUGAUAACCUGAUAGAGCAGCGCAUCUCGAGCUUCUUCAGGUCGGUCAUGGCUAUGAAGGUUCCAGGCAACGUGCUUGCUGAAUACCCGGACCUGUUCGCCCUGGUUCUCAUUCUCCUAUUGACUGGUCUGCUUGCUUUUGGUGUGAGUGAGUCCGCUCUCGUCAACAAAAUCUUCACCGGGAUCAACCUGGUGGUGCUGGGCUUUGUCAUGAUCUCAGGCUUUGUGAAAGGCAAUACAGCAAACUGGAAUCUCACAACGGACGACUUUGUCAAUGAUACCAACAUCACAGCAGUGGAAGAGGUGGAGAGAUCUUUUGGAACUGGUGGUUUUUCACCAUUUGGCUUCAGAGGCAUCUUGGCUGGCGCGGCCACCUGUUUCUACGCCUUCGUCGGAUUCGACUGCAUCGCAACGACAAGUGAGGAAGCCAAGAACCCCAUGCGCUCCAUCCCUGUGGGGAUAGUCGUAUCCCUGCUCAUCUGCUUCUUCGCUUAUUUCGGCGUGUCGGCCGCGCUCACCUUAAUGAUGCCCUAUUACAAGCUCAAUACCCAGAGUCCUUUGCCUGAGGCGUUCAGCUAUGUGGGCUGGGGUCCAGCACGUUACAUAGUGGCUGUGGGUUCACUCUGCGCCCUUUCUACUAGUCUGCUGGGCUCCAUGUUUCCCAUGCCACGUAUAAUCUACGCCAUGGCAGAGGACGGACUGCUAUUCCGCUUUCUAUCCAGAAUGAACAAGCGCACCAAAACCCCGCUCCUGGCCACAGUGGUGUCUGGCAUCGUAGCAGCCCUCAUGGCCUUCCUGUUUGACCUGGCUGCACUGGUUGACCUGAUGUCUAUUGGGACAUUGUUGGCCUACUCUCUGGUGGCUGUGUGUGUUCUCAUUCUCAGAUACCAGCCAGGAACGCUUAACUCAUCCAGUCAGACUGAGAAACUGGUAGAGUUGGUGGGAGAUGAAAAGGUGGCUGUGUCUGGAGAUAGUGGAGAUGAAUAUGGUCCUGACUCAGAUCAUCUUUCCAGGGAGAAGUUCUCCUUCAAGCUGCUCUUGUUUCCCACCUGGGACUACCCCACCAAAAUGUCCGGAACAAUUGUCUAUGCUGUAACCGCCAUUAUCUCCGUGCUGAUCACUGUGCUGUGUGGCAUCCUGGCUGUGUGCCUGGACAAACUGAUGGAAGGCCAUCUUGUGUGGGUGGCCGUGUGUGUCGUUCUCACAGCUCUCUGUUUCUUCUGUGUCAUCGUCAUCUGGAGGCAGCCUGAGAGCAAGGAAGCGCUCACCUUCAAGGUGCCUUUCCUGCCCUGGCUCCCUCUGUUUAGUGUUUUUGUCAAUAUCUACCUCAUGAUGCAGCUGGAUCUGGCCACCUGGUGCCGAUUUGCGGUUUGGAUGGCCAUUGGCUUCAUAAUCUACUUCUUCUAUGGGAUCUGGAACAGCAGCGAGGCCCUGAACAGCAGCCAGCGGAAAAAGAAUAACAAGAGCCUCAGCUACGUGAGAGCUGAUGAGAGUGAUGUGGAAGGCGUGACACCUUGAUUAACAGUUGAAGCAUCCCAUCUCCCAUUAUGAAGUACUUAUGAAAUGAAGAGGGCAAAUCGAAAACUAUAUGACUGACAGGUUUUUUUUGUUUUUUGUUUUAGAAAGAUUUUGUUGAGCGAUUUUUUUUUCUUUUACACUAAAAACCGAACCUAGCCUGUGCGCGCAACAUUAAAAUGAUAUGAUGUAGAGACUUGACGUUGAUGGCCUAAAUGACAAGUAAUGGUAAAACACAGAUGCUCUCGAUCAGUGGUCUCCAAACUUUUUUUGCACCACAACGAGUUUUAUGUAAGACAGUUUUCCAAGGACAAAGCUUAAUAAAUAGAACACGGCAAAAACGCAGAAUCUCGCUUGUUUCCCUGCGAGAAUGUCCCAUCUCGGUGUAUUGGAGACAAUUACACCCCAAGAGUAUUCCUUAUGUCCAGUCUUCUCGGUAGUAUCGUUUUCGUGGCCGUCACUGCAGAACACCCUGUUUCACAAGGAUAUUGUAGGUUGUUGGAAAUAGAAGCAUGUUUUUUAGUGCUUUUGUGGUGAUCUCAGGAUAUUCCGCUUUGAUAUCAAUCCAGAACGUCAGCAGAGUUGAUCCCCGUUGCGAUAAACCCGUAAUUUAGGUAGGACUCGUGGCAUUUUCUUUUAAACGCAGCUUUUUAUUUUGUUGGGAGUCUCAGAGUCUCGUCUGUUGUCUCAUCGCUGGGUAUUUUCCCUUUUUUAAAGACGCUCCGAAUGUUUUUUACUCAUCAUAUCUAUAGCUAGCUUGUAACGUUAGCCCAAUCAAGACCGAUAUAGACCGAAGCGUGGGAAAGAGGUACAGAUGCAAUCAAAUGGGAGAUUUUUUUUUUUUUUUCCAAAUAAAGCACUCUGCAGACUCUGAUAGGCAAAAAAAUGGAAAUGAAAUGAAAAAAAUGCCGCGGCCCCGAGGGGUUGGGAACCACUGCUCUAGAUGACGGAGGCGUCCAGACGAUCAUACUGUAGAAGCUGGUCUGCUAGGUCAGGUAUAUACAGGGUAUUUGUGAACUUGUGGCGAAAAUUGUGUUAGGUGUUUCCAUAAUUCUGUCGUAUUUUCAUCGUGUUUUAAAACUGAGCCCUUUAGCACAAAGCUGCUACAGAAGUCCAUAGUGGGGUCCAGCCACAUUGUAUGUAAUUCGGUGUGAUGUUACAGUGACCUCUAGUGGCGAGCGUACAAAAUGCAACAGCAGCUCUGUCUAAAAGACUAACACUAAAUCGCUGCGUUUCGACUUUGCUUGUUUACGCUUUAACAUUAAUCGCUAAGACCAGUCAGUGUUUAUGCAGUUCUAUCAGUAUUAAGACAACAAAACAAUAGAUUUUAAUACAGGUUCCUUGUUUUUUAAAUCGGAAAUCGACUAUAGCUGUAAAAGAUUAGUACUGUAGAAUGCCUGGGUGAGUUGGAGUUGUGUGAGAGCGUGUGAAGCAAAUAAAGAACAGCCUGUAUAGUUGUACACUACAUUUGUAAUUUUUUUUUAUUUUUAAGAUUAAUGCCCUAUUAUCAACAAAAAAUUUACUGAACAGACUCUGGAAUAUCAGAGAAAGAAGAAGAAGAAGUAUAAAAAAAAACAACAUCUGAAAUCCUGCACUUGAAAUUUUUUUGAAAAUGAAAUUUUUUUAAAUGGUAUUUAAACUGUAAUAUAAAGGCUUUAUAGAAUGAGUAUGCAGGUGCAUACCAGGCUUUAAGUUGGGAUAUGACUUGUGGGUGUAUACAGUAUGUGUGCGUGUAUAUAUACAUAUACAUACCUACAUGCAUAACACAAUGUCUUUGUGAAUUUCCUAAAUUAAUUGAUUAUGUAAAAUAUGUGAGACCUGAUUCUAUCAUAUCUCACAUAAGUACUUGAGGGAAAAUAUAUAUUUUUAUUUCGAAAUGUUUUUUUUUUUUUUUUUUUUAAGUCUGUGGUCAAAAUGAUCUUUUUCUCUUCAUUUUUUUAGAAUUAUUUCUAAAUUAAUGGGUUUGUAUUGUACUGCUGUAUAUAUAUUAAGCUAUGACAUUGUAACAAUUUUUUUGUUUUCUUGCUUUAUCUAUAUUUCCUGAACUAAUUGAUCCAGCUUUCAUGUAUUACAGGUUUAUAAAUGUAUUUUUGUAAGGUAUUACCAUAUUAGUGAAUGUACAAUAUAUGAAAUGUCUAUUUACAUGGUUUGUACAUGUAUAUAUUUAGCCAUCAUAUAUACUGUACAUUAGUUUCUGCUUUCAGGCUUUUAUUUUUUAUUAUUAUUUUUUUUUAUUGGAGGAUUGCUUCGCCUGAAAUAAAAGUUUCUCCUUGAAGAUCCUAGUGGGUUGUAGACACUCAAGCCUACCAAGCCAUUUAUUUGCCUUUCGGUUUCACAUAAAAUAGAUAUGAUAUCUUUGCUAUAAACUGUACUUUUGUUUGUCACUGGAUUUUGUAUACUGUAAAUAAAUGUCAUGUCAAAUGUUUUUUUUUUAAUAAAAUUUUAAUUCUU